AUGUCACAGCUUAGCCUGUCCCAGCUGGAGCUGGGGCUGGGGCUGGGCGCAGUCUCCCCGUGGCUGCUCCUGGUACUGAUUGGCACCUCUUGGGUCUUGGCUCACGUGCUCACGAGGACUUACGCUUACUAUAAAAUGUCUCGCCGGCUCCGAUGUUUUCUGGAGCCUCCCAGACAGAACUGGUUCUUGCGUCAUCUGCACUUGAUGAACUCCACGGACCAGGGCCUAAACGAAAUGGCUCGCCUGGUCACCACCUACCCCCAGGGCUUUCUGUUCUGGGUGGGCCCCACCAUCCCGUUCGUCUCUUUGUGCCACCCUGAUGUCCUCCGACCUGUCCUGAAUGCUUCAGCUGCCAUCGCACCCAAGGACAUGGUCUUCUACGGCUUCCUGAUGCCAUGGCUGGGGGACGGGCUUCUGCUGAGCUCCGGGGACAAGUGGAACCGCCAUCGCCGCAUGCUGACGCCUGCCUUCCACUUCAACAUCCUGAAGCCCUACAUGAAGAUUUUCAGCAAGAGCGCGGACAUCAUGCAUGCCAAAUGGCAGCGCCUGGCCUCUGAGGGCAGCGCCCGUGUGGACACGUUUGAGCACAUCAGCCUCAUGACCCUGGACAGUCUGCAGAAAUGUGUCUUCAGCUACGACAGCAACUGUCAGGAGAAGCCCAGUGAAUACAUUGCUGCCAUCUUGGAACUCAGUGCCCUGGUGGCCAGAAGGAACCGCCAAAUCUUCGUGCAUCCAGACCUCCUGUACAACCUCACCCCUGACGGGCAGCGCUUCCACAGGGCCUGCCGCCUUGUGCACGACUUCACAGACGCCGUCAUCCAGGAGCGGCGCCGUGCUCUGGCCAGCCAGGGUUCCGAUGAGUUCCUCAAGUCCAAGACCAAGACCAAGACUUUGGACUUCAUUGACGUGCUCCUGCUGACCAAGGAUGAAGAGGGGAAGGAGUUGUCAGACGUGGACCUACGUGCAGAGGCAGACACCUUCAUGUUUGAGGGCCAUGACACCACAGCCAGCGGCCUCUCCUGGAUCCUAUACAACCUUGCAAAGCACCCGGAAUACCAGGAACGCUGCCGGCAAGAGGUGCAGGAGCUCCUGAGAGACCGGGAACUGAAAGAGAUUGAGUGCACUUGCGGGCUCUUCCUUAGGGACGACCUGGCCCAGCUGCCUUACAUGACCAUGUGCAUCAAGGAGAGCCUGCGUUUACAUCCUCCCGUCACAGCCAUUUCCCGCCGCUGCACCCAGGACCUGGUGCUUCCAGACGGCCGUGUCAUCCCUAAAGGAAUUGUGUGUUUCAUCAGCAUUUUUGGGACCCACCACAAUCCAACUGUGUGGCCGGACCCCGAGAUCUAUGAUCCCUCCCGCUUCGAGCCAGAGAAAGUCAAGGACAGGUCGCCCCUGGCUUUUAUCCCCUUCUCAGCAGGGCCCAGGAACUGCAUCGGGCAGGCGUUCGCCAUGGCCGAGAUGAAGGUGGUGUUGGCGCUCACGCUGCUGCGCUUCCGCAUCCUGCCCGACAGUGCUGAGCCGAGUCGCAAGCCGGAGCUCAUCCUGCGUGCGGAUGGCGGGCUGUGGCUGCGGGUGGAGCCGCUGGUCGAGGGACAGUGA